GUCAUGGUGACGCAGUGACUCGGUUACAGCUAGCAUCGCAGCUCGGGAUGCCAAGCCCCAGCUAACGGUCCUUUUUAUGAAUUUUAAAAAUGCCCCCCAGCAGGUGCGUGUGUGUGUUCAUCCAUAACCCGUGAUAAUACAGGUGAUGCGAGGCCGCUGCAGCAUGAUGACCUUCCAGGUAAACGCGUCGCUACUACCCACCGCUAAUAAGGCUCUGACAUCGGACCGGGGUUCGAGCUGCAGCCACCCCGGCCUUGAGGCUCCAUGUCCGGCAUACAGGAGCUCCGGGAGGGGGGUAGAAAACAUCCGGACGAAACUGCCUCUCAUCCAGCCUCUGAGCAGGUCCCGGGACUGGAACACCUGGAGUGGGGGCUUCAUGGUCGGAGGGUCCCCUCACUCAGCUCGGGAGGACAAUGACAUCACCGGGAGACACUUCCUGUUCGAAAAACAAUGUGUUCAGCCGGAGAAGACCCGCACGGUGGUCCCCCCGCUGCAGAGACGGUCCCUGCAUCCCUUCAGCCUCUCCAAGGAGCUCUCCCACAGCCGGGGGGGGCGGCCCUUCACCCUGGGCUACGCUCCGAGGUACGACCUGACCUCCUCUCCAGCUCUCGUCCUCCCCUCCUCUCUGAUCCUCAGUGGCAGGAACUCCUUCUCUGUGGAGAGCUGCAAACUCAGCAGGCCCAAGGUGAACUAUCCAACCCACAGCCUGCUGCACAGCAAAGACAAUCAGAAGAGUCCUUCAUACCCCGACCCGGUGCUCGGAGCCUCUCGCUCGUUCUUCCACAGGAUCUCAGAGCUGUCGUCCCUCGAAGGAGAGACGGUGAGGCAAGAGAAGCUGAAGAAGAUGAGGAAACCUAAGAAACCUCCGUCCUGACAAUCACUCUCUGCCGAGUCACGCUGGUCCACGAUCAAAACCCUCGAGUCUGUGCCAACGACGUCUGAUCAAAAUAAAACUCUCCGGACGCCGUGCUCCUUCCAGCGGCUCGUCGUGACCGCCUCUGUGUCCUCACUGGUGUUCGUGUUCUGCCUCACAUGGCUGGUCGUGACAUUUUGGGGGUCAUGACCUUCAGAUGAUGUGUAACCGGUGUCUCUGCGUUGUGUUAUAUUCAUGUAUGAGACCCGAGGCGAUCUCCGUUUAUUCACUGGCAAUAUACAACAAAUCAGUCGUUACUCAAAGUUAUUCGACUCUCAUGGAACAUUUACAAAAAGGCGACGAAGAACGUACCUGACAAUAUCCAACAAAAUCAGUCGUUAUUCAGUUGUUUCUUUCCUGACUCUUCUCUCGUGGAACAUUCACAGAAAAUGCAUUGGAAAACGUACCUGACAAUAUACAUCAGAAUCAGAAUCCAUGUGUUGGUCCCACAGACGGUACAUUCACGUUGUUACAGCAGAAAAAGAGCAAAAGACAGCUUAAUGUUAAGUAGAAGCAUGCAUACAAAAGUUACAAUAUAACAAAUCAGUCGUUAUUCAAUUGUUUCUUUCCUCACACCGACUCUUCUCUCGUGGAACAAUUAGAAAAAGGCAAGAGGAAAACGUGAAGGACACAAUAUGAAAGAGUAAUUAUCUCCUGAGUACAGUGACUCCAUUUUGGAGGUUCCGCAGAAUUUGUGUGAUUGUACUAAAUGAUUUAUACAUAAUUAUUUAACACUAAACACCACUGCAUAUUUACAACUAUUACAUGUGUACUGUAGUAAACCGCAGCAUUAGCUAAACAACAAGUGCUGAGGUGUUUUGUAGUUUCCCUCUCAACAUCUGCAUGAAAAGGUAUUUAUUAACGACGGCUAAUGUCACAUUUCUCACUGUAUCAUCAAUAUGUUGUGGAUCUCGUUACAACAGUGUUUUAAACAUCAAGUGAAAUAUCUAUGUACAUAUUUUAUAGUUUAGCAAAACCUUUAUUGUGCCUUGUUAAACGUCUUCCUUAAAUUAAAUACAUUUAUUUUU